AUGGAUUCGACGGCUGCUUCCAGCAGCAUCGAUUCUCAGCCUCCGCAGCAGCCUUCUUUGAUUCCUUCAGAAUCCAGCUUGAAUGAAUUCUGUGAGCCGGCAUCGCGCGCGGCGCACUCUGAGGAGCCCAGCGAGAAGAAGGAGCGCCUUGGCUUCUUUGCAGGUCUUUUCUUGGGUCUGGAGGGGAACCUUAGGCGUGCAACAACAGCCGCCACGGACACCUUAGGUGUAUAUACACUUCCUUCCCUCUUCAUUGGAGGUAGCCUCUUGGGGGUGGCCGCUGCAACUAUUUCGUUUAAAUCCCGCAUGCGCGCCUUGCGUGCUGUCAAUGCAACAACAUCAGCAGCCCCAGUUUGCGCGCCAGCGAGAUACUACUCCCAUCGUACUCUUGCACUGUCGCCAACGGCAGCAGACUCUCCCGCCGCUGCCGCAGGAACGUCUGCUGCUACUCCUCAUCCCGUCCCUUGCCGCGAUCCCCAGGCUGCUUCUGUCAUUGCCACUGAGCUGUCUAGGCACCGGCACCAGCAGGUAUGGGACACAGGCGACGACGACGAAGAGUCGGGGACAAAUCCCGAAGGGGCCCCCCGGGGCCCCCCUUCAGCUACAGAGUUGUUUACGCCUAAGGAGCUCGCGACUCUGUUCCUGCUGCCCGCAGCUACAAUUCUGUCCGUGUUGUCUGGCGUGUGGCUGUUUCUGAAGUGGCAAAGCAAUAUUACUGGCCUGCAGCACUUCAUAGCCGCCACCCGGUGGUUGGCGGGCAGCGGCCCCUCUCCUCCCCGGCGCCCGUCGUAA